CAGCCGUGGUCCAGGUGGAUUUUACACUGCAACACUUUGCAGGACCUCUCAGUCAAUAUAAUUGAACACAAGUGGUUUAAUUGUGCAAGAUGUAAACAGCACUAUCAUUCACAAGAAGCGCAAUUGCUGUCAUACGGAGAUUAACAUGACACUUGUACACUGUAUAGGGUUUUAACAAAGUUUCCAAUAUGGUAGGAGAGGUUGUUGUUGCUGAGCGGGUUGUUGUCAUGUCCUCGCAGUGCCUGUAGUGGUGCUGUGAGGAGUCUGCUGUGGAUCCAACUAAAACCCUCAGCAGGCUGCCUACUGCUUGUAAUUUGCUGUGGAUAGCCUUUAUUUAAAUGCAUCCUUAUCUCAAGAUAUACCGAGCUCGAUGAAGAUCACUGUUAUUAUCCUGUCUCGAAUAUCGAUGCACUAAUAGCCUAGCUGAUUCUAAUAGACAUUUCGGCCGUCUAUCUGGAGCGAAUACCUUACACAGCCCAUACCAAUUCAAGCUGAUGUUGUCAAGAACAAGAGUCACGUGAUGUAUGAAGGCAAACACAUACACUUCUCAGAGGUGGACAAUAAGCCGUUGUGCUCGUACAGCCCAAAGCUCUGCAAGCAGCGCAGACUAAACGGCUAUGCUUUCUGUAUCCGGCACGUUCUGGAGGAUAAGACAGCCCCCUUCAAGCAAUGUGAAUACGUGGCCAAGUACAACAGCCAGCGAUGUACCAACCCCAUCCCCAAGUCGGAGGACCGCAGAUAUUGUAACAGCCACCUGCAGGUUCUGGGCUUUAUCCCCAAGAAGGAACGGAAAAAGAAACAUGAUGCUUUGGAGGAAAUGCGCUCGCGAGCUCACCUGGAGUCAGUGGCUCUCAACAUAACUGUGCCCUCUCUAGCUCUGAAAGCUCCCAAUGGUCUAGAUGAACUUCCGCCAUCUCCUCCCUGUACACGCCUGUUACCCCUCCCUGAUGGGGAGCUCCUGGACCCUUUUGCCUUUUAUGAGGACGACACAGACGGGGAGGAGGUGGGUACUCCUCGGAAGGGCAGCGCCAUCAAGAAGAAACUACAGAGUCGGCUGGUGCUCAACCAGAAACUUUGUCAUGACACGGACCUCUUCCAGCCACCUCCUGAGCACUUUAGUCCCGCCCCUGCCCCCCGUGUCCACCCCUCCUCGCCGAUCAACACUCAUCUACCACGGCAGCAGUCAGGUCUCCUCCAGCCGCCCCAGCACUCCAGCGUGACUUCCUUCAUCUUCCCAGGACAGCAGCAGGGUUUAUUAUGCAAUCCACCACCACCUCAGACGGUCAACUUUCUGCCUCCAGGGAUGCCCGCUAAUGCAGCACCCAGUCCAGUGCAACCUUCUGGGCCAUCACUCAGCAGGAAAAUGCCUUUCACUGCUACUCACUUGCCUGUUAGUUGCAAGGAAAGUGGCAGUAACAAUCAGCGGCACAUGGUUGUCAUGCGUCCCGCUGCCUUCUCACCUUCUGCCAGCUGCCUGGCCAGGUUGCAACAUCUGGUGCAGCUCUGUGCCAAGACACACCAGGAGCAUGGAGACCUCUUUCCUCAUCUAGGUCUGGACUGGUCAGAAGACAGUGCUGAUGAUGACGAUGAAGAUGAGGGAGAGACAUUUGUUCCUUUCCAGAGCUCUUGGAGACCACAGAAUGGGUUGGAAGACGACAUCGGUUCCUCACGGAGAACGCGGCUACUUAGGCUUUGCUCGUACCUCCAGGAGAAAUACAAGCACAUGUGCAGGCAGGAGAGGGCGAGUAUCCGCCAAAAGAGAUACCGCUAUGCCUUUCGCAAAGCCUUGCUGCAUGCAGCCAGUAACAACCCCGACUGUGCUGGGCAGCUGAUCCAGGAGUUACGUGGUGCCUCUCGAAGCUCCUCAAGUGUGGCUCCAGCAAGGCAGCAGAACACAGAUACGGGGACCUGCACUGGCAGCACAAAGGGUCAGGCCUGCAACAACAGGGCUCUGCCCUUCACCCGACACUGCUUUCAGCACAUUCUGUUGAACCGUUCCCAGCAGCUCUUUGCUAGUUGCACAGCCAAAUUUGCAGAUGGUCAGCAGUGCUCGAUCCCUGUGUUUGACAUCACGCACCAGACACCACUCUGUGAGGAGCAUGCCAAAAAAAUGGAUAACUUCCUGCGAGGGGAUGGUAACAGACGAGUGCAACACCAGCAGCAGCAACAGCGAAAGCCACGUAAAAAGACCAAACCACCGGCGCUCACCAAAAAACACAAGAAGAAGAGAAGGAGAGGGCCGCGGAGGCCUCAGAAACCCAUCCCUCCAGCGUUGCCACAGGGGAACCUGGGAAUGCCUUCUACAAGCCUAGCAAUGCCCUCACAGGCCAGCAUCAGAAGCCCUUCAACUCCAGACCUGAGUGCAGAGGAGCUCCCUGACGAUAUCACCAAUGAAAUGGCAGACAUUCCAAAUGACCUUGAACUAAACCAGGAGGAUUUCUCCGAUGUGUUACCGAGACUAGCUGAUGACCUGCAGGACUUUGAUUUGUUUGAAGGUAAGAAUGGGGAUUUAUUGCCCACUACGGAGGAGGCUGAGGAGCUUGUGCGUGCGCUGCAGGCUAUGGGGUCCUACCCUGACUCUUUGGUGUGCCUGACUUCCAUGGGAGACCUGGCCCCGUCUGAAGGAGUGGACCAUCGAGCUUUGACUGUGUUUCCUGGUCCGGUCCAACCAGGGGGAAUGGGGGACCUGCUCAACAGCCGCAUCCCCACAGAGAACUUCACCAGCCUCGGGCUGGAGGACAAUCUACUGCAGUCCACUGGGGGUCACUUUCCCCCCUCGCCGCCAUCUCAGCCUGCUAACCAGCCCCAGACGCCGUGCUCCAACCUGACCUCAUCUUCUUCGACAGUAGCCCCCCCCACCACCUCCCUGCUCACUCAGACCUCCAUGACAGACCGAACGUUUUCCCGGACACACACAUCGCACGUCCUGGCCAAGUCGGAUGCACCCACAUCGUCUCCCCAAGGCAGCCACUACAGCAGUGAGCACGUGCCAUCCCCAUACAGUGACCACAUAUCUUCUCCCCAUGCCAGCUCCUUCCAGACAGACACCCCUCUACUGCUGGAAGUCCCUCUCAGCGGGGUACCAGGACCCCCGCGUUCUUCAUGGAACAAUCUCCCCCUCCCCCUCACAGACCCCUCGCAGUUUGGCAAUCUCAUAGGAUCAGAAAGUCAUCUCAUAUCCACCUCCCUGUCCACGCCCCCGGCCACCACCCACUCUGUGACGCUGCAGCCCAUGGCUGCGCUCUCAGCGAUGCCCCAAAGUGGCUUGACAGGUUUAACGACUUCCCCUGCCCCCUCGUCCUCCCUCCCAUCCUCCUCACACGAUCUUCUGACCUCCACACAGCCCAAACAACAGCUCCCACAGUUCAGCGCGGCCUUUGGCCAUCAACUGGCCUCCCACAGUGGCAUCCCGAAAGACGUGCAGCCCAGCCACAGUUCCACAGCGCCCCCUGCUGGCUUUUCCAUAGUUAGUGCCACCGCUGCAAGUGCCAACAGCGCCACACCACCCUUCACGCAAAGUAAAUGAGAGCAGUCGGCCUGCAGCGGCCGCAUGAUGGUCUGUGGACUCACAGUUACUUACAAACCAGUCGACUGGCUCCUGAUCGACCACCCCUCUUCAUCUGCUAUAUGUGUGCAAUGUGGUAAUAGUGCACUAUUUGAUAAUGAAUUUGCACAACCUCAGAUUUUCCUCAAUAUUUUCUAUUUUCAUUCUUUUAUUCUGCAGCCAGGCGGUCUCUGGGAUUUUAAGUCAGUGUGAGUCCACUUGUUUGAUGCCUUGUGGUUUUGUCGUCAGGGGGUAACAGUCAGAUUUUGUGAUGAAAUAAACGGGUGAUAAAUUGGCGGAAGGACCUUUAGCAGAGAUUAUCUGUCACAGUGCUCAGAAUUCAUGGACGUAGAAGCCUCAAUCAGUGGUCGGUUUGUUUGCUUUGCCAGUUAAAGUCCUGUCUUUAAAUGAUCAACUGUACCCUGCCUUGCUCAGAUAGCCAUUUUUAAUUUUACACCUGUUUCAUACACUGCUUCUGUCACCCUCUGAAAAACAAAGAGUACAGGUUGUGGUAUUUGUGACCCAUUAUUUUUCAAGCUAUUUAACUGUUAUCAUGAUAUAGAAUCUUACUGAGUCAGAUUUCACAGUCAUAUGAAUUUACCAAAAUACUUUUAAACAGCUGUUUUUAUAUUGUGUAUACUGUAUAUGUGCUCAUUUAUUGGUUUGCUCAGACGUCAAAAUCUCUGACCUCACCAUUGGUUGUGGGACUCUGAGUGGCCUAGUAGACACUUGAAGGUAAAUAUAGUUUCUUAAAGCAAUAAACACAUUAACAUAACUCUAGCAUUGUAAGGUAUCUUAUUGGUCUCAUUACAUGUAGCGUCACUUGCUGAAUCCAGGCUGGUUCAGGAAUAUUUUGGCCUCUAUAACUGUUGUAAACUUCUUAUUUUACAGCAGAUUCACUCAGAAGUAGAGCCUAUAGAGACCAGUGAUCAGGUGAGCCUCACUUCUUCUCUCGGGUCAUACUGAGUGAAUUUAUUAAGGCUAAUAAAUGAGUUUCAGUGUUAAUGGUAGGGGCGAUGACGGCGUAAUCCAGGGACUUUAAGUGUCUACUUUCACAGGUGCUCUCUGGUCCACAUAUACAAUGGUUAUUGUGACUUACAUGUCAGGCAGAUUCACUGUCAGGACUCCAAGGAAACCCACUAUAUUGUUUUUCCAAGCUACUAUGAUGAAAUCACACCCACUUCUGCAAGACGUACGUCUCCAUGCAGCAUCGACUGCUGUGAUUGGCUAGUACUUCUUGCCUUGCUGUACUCACAGCAGCUGGUUAGUUCACUAGUGACAGCAGUGUGCUUUCAAUGCUGUGAUGUAGAUGAAGCAUUACGUUCAGGGAUUUACAGCUUUUAAAAUUUGAGUAAUUUUUAGCACUUUUCAAGCACUUUCAAGGUAUCUAAACCAAAAAAUUCCAGAUCUUCAAAGUCUAUAUCAUCCCAUCUAGAUAUAAUUCAACCCAUGUAUAUUAACAUUCUGUUUAUUUUAUUAGCUAUUUAUAUAUUUUUUUUUUUAUUGUAUUUUUUGAUCAUGAUUAUUUAAUCCUUGCUCAUUUCCAGAGUAAGGGAGCAUCAUAGGACAUAUCUAUCUAGCUUAGCUCGUCUGGUGUGAGACACCAGGAGACAACAAAAAAAUUGAAUUGUUUAAUUUUUUUAAUGUUAAGAUUUCUGCUUUACAGGAGUAAUUUUGUUGAUGAUACACCAUGGUUAUUUUGAAAAUCAAGCAUUUUUUAAGGUGUAUAUUCAAAUUCAAGUAUAUAUCUAACCUUGAAAGCAAAAAACAAAUUCACCGGAAGGAGAGAGGAUGUAUGCUCCUGAGGCAGACAAUAUGCUAAUUAGCCAGCCGCUGAUUGAGUAAAGUUUAACAGCUUAAUGCUUCAUCCACACAUUCUGGUCACGAUGAAAAAGCACAUUGUUAUCACCAGAUGAGUGACAACUAAGUUCAACUAAUUUUCUGUAGCCAAUAAAGCAUUAAAGCACAGUGCUUGCUAGCUUAACAGCUAACUAGCAAUAUGAGGUGGUGUUAUGGAUCCCAUUGCUACUCUUAGCAAAACCCACCCUGUAGUGCUAGGUUGACCAGGUGUGCUAUGCAGGGCAGGUCUUAAAACCUGGGCCAAAAAAAGCAGAGGGAUUAUUUUUAAAUGUUCAGGCAACAAGUACUAGCACAUCACAGCACAGCUGAUGCUGCGUAAACAAUAUCAUCAUUCAGAAGUGGGAGUGAUUUUAUCUGAAGUUGGUUGGAGAAGCGAUAGAUUCAGCUGGAAUACUCAGAAGGCUUAGGUUGUGACUUAAAUGGUAUUAGUUGGUGUGGUGAGCAGUGUCUGUUUUACUCUAAAACUUACUUACAUUAAGGUUUUAAGCUAAAUGAUGCGAACCUGGGGUCUGAUUUUAAUUGUAGAAAAUAACAACCACCCGAGAGCUCCUCCCCUGUCCCGUUACCGACUCAUACAGCAGUACAACCAUGGCUUUUGAUAGAUAUUAUAUUAGACAUUUGACAGAUCGUCAGACAUUGUUGAGUAUUAGGUAUAUAGAGUAGCGAGUCUCUAUCUUGGGGUUUGUUGGUGAAUUAUUGAGUAGCAAUGGAUUGAAAUUGUUAUUUGCAAUGUAUUCAGUGGAACCUGUGUCUUGUAGAGUGAGUCUCUUGUUUUUAAUGGCUAUCAAAAUGGUUGUAAGUUGGAGGGAUCAAUGUUUGUCACUUAGUUUUUAACAUAAUAUUCUGAUGACGAGUAUUUUUGAUAGCUAUUAAACUCCAGGAAGAAGUCUUGAGAUUUGCAUGGGGCAGUAACCUUUUGUAUGAGAGCAUUAUAAUAUUAUAAGAUCAUGGUCACUGGCUUGGUGGUAUCAAACAUGCAAAUAUAUGCAUCGCCAAGGUCAUUUCAUUUUGUGGAGAAAAAUAGAUCAACGUUACAGUAUGUUGUUUUUCAACAGAUUUGCACAGGAGUGGAUGAGGCUGGUGGUGUUUCACAUGUCCAGUGUCUGUUUUGCCUUUUUGUUUUUUUUGCUUGGACGCUCAUUACAUGAACAGCUGCCAUCAUUACCAGCUCUGAGCCUGCACCAGACUCCCCAUUUCCAGCUGUGAUGAGGCCCAGUUCUGUCUCUCCCUUCCAAAGAGAAAACACAUACUGAAGUGUAAACCCGUAGCUCCACCAGAGACGACUGGGCUUCUCAGUGCAGUGUUGUAACUAAUAGUCAUAAACACAGUGGCCCGAAAAGUUAAAAAAAGAAAAAAAAAGUUGGAUGGAAAUGUUUGCAAGGCAUUACUGCUGUAUCCACAUAUAGCAUGAGAUUAGUCACUGCACCAGUUUACUCUCCCGGAAACCACGUAGAACAAAAUUAACAGGGCUCCUACUGUAGGCACAUUUAACUGCUUGAAUUCAGAGAUGGCUGACAAAUUCCUAUACUCAUUGAAUGUACUGUAUUACUGGUUUUAAAGAUAGGAUGAGCUAAUCUAGUCACCUUUUGUUAUUGGUCCUUGUUUAAUUUGUCUAAGGUAUUUUUUGUAUACAAAGGUUUACAUUUUUAUGUAUAUUUUUCUUGUGUACAAAUUAUGUAAUAUGUGUACAAACACUGUAUGUAAUAUCUGUAUAUAGUGUGAGAAAUUUGAUCUUUUGUUUUUGGAUGUAUAAAUAAAACUUGCUGUGAGGUAUUUGCUGACAAA